CCUCACUAUUUCCUAUUCAAGGACGGUGAGCUGCUCUUGGCCUCUCUUUCAUAUUUCAAGCUAUCGAAGCAUUUAGGCUUUGCCCCGAACGAGUCGCCCCCACCAAUACCGUCCUCGAGUCUCCCCGGUCAUUUCCGCUGAUCUACGCAAAUUAUGUGAAACAUUUAUGCAUUUCACAAGCCAGCAACCAUGUCGCAGUCGACAGGGACACCGCAAUCAAGGGCGCCGGGCAGCUUUUCACCGAUGGUGAUGGCUGCGCAAUCAACAACAUCGCGCCCAGCUCUCCGAAGAGUCGAAUCCUCCUCUGAAGAGGACGACGACGACACACCCCUUACGAUCAGCAAGCCACGACCCUCCACCGCCAUCAUCGCUGCAGCUGCAUCUGGGAGUGUUGUCCCGUGGCAGAAUGCGCCGACCCCUCCACCACCACGACCUCUGUACGUCCAGUCGCAAGCCAACUCCAGCACCAGCAGCCUCCAGAACUUCUCGCGCCCAACAGCAGUCCAUGCUCGCUCUGAUCUGCCACUGAGAAGUGCGUCGCCAGCUGCUCUUCCUACUCAGUUGAAGCUGAACACCAGCGACUUCCACCGCGGCCACGGAAGGAAACAUUCCCAGACCCAAGGCUCCUUUGAGCCGCAUCUCCCCACGGUAGCGACGUCGAACUUGGGCAGUAUGGCGGAUCCGAAUACCAGCUUGAGCGCGAGCAGAAUUGCUGCGCAAGCUGCAAUGCAGCAUCAGUCAAUGCAUAUGCGCCAGCGCUCGCAGACCGUCCCAACACCUCAGACGGACAAUGGCUCAAACGGGGGAAGGAGACCAUCUCGAGGACCGACAAGUCCUCCCCUGUUAAGCUUGACAGAGGCAUCCGGGCCAAGGGAAAGCGGCUUUGGGGGGCAGGUAUACCAGAAUGGACUUUUAGGUGGAUCGCAUGGAAAUGCCGCGCAAACAGCAGCCAACGUCGUGUUUCCAAAGUCGCCGGGAUCAUCGCCGGGCCUGCCCGCCAUGGAAUAUGAACAGCAUCGCCAGCAGCAACUACCACACCCCGACAAACCCAUAAAGAGCGAGAAGUCUAAGGUGAAGCUGUUCUCGCGGCCCGGCAAGAUUGGCAUCUCGAAGGAUAAGGAGGCCAGAGCGGGAGCCCUCCCAAGUCCUAGUAAGAUGGCCUUUGCGUCGCUGCAGCGCGGCAACUUCAGUACCAAUAGUUUGACAGAUAGCAUGUCGAGCGCUGCGAGCAUGUACAGCAUGGCCAACUCGUCCUCGGCGACCAUUCGCGCCAUCGAUUCCCAGACCCCGCCGCAACCCCCGGAAAAGGAUAAGGAGAAAGAGAAGCAUAAGCACCAUUUCUUGUCAAGGCAGAAGCACAAAUUGAGUAGUAAGGAUGAUCAUCACUUGCCGUUGUCAUCGGCGGCGAGCAAUUCUAAACCUGUGGACCCGAGUGCCCCGAGUAGCCUGUAUAAUUUCAACUUACCGCCUAGUCCGGGACCAACGAGCACAAGUUUUGCAAAGAGCAUGAGUGGGUUGGAUUUAAGGCAUGGUGGGAGGGCGUUGAGGGAGAAGAAGAAAGAAGAGAAGUCGGAUGCGUUGAGGGAGAGUGAGUUGUCGUAUCAAAAUAGCAAUGACUGGCCUGGUCCAUCGAGUCUAGGUUCAGCUGGCGGAGCGUCAUAUCUUGGAUCAGCUGGUGCGAGUUUUGGGUAUCCAUCUAGUAUCUAUGGUGGAGAUACUCAGGAUUUGGCCAAGUACGGACUAAAUAACAUGGGAGCUGACGAUGCCUGGCCAUUCUUGAAAGCCAAAUUAUUGAUCAUAUUUGAGGGAGAAGAUUUACGGUUGCCAGUUGAAGACUUCAACCGUCUCGUAACACUUCACCUCCAACGCUGCAUUCAAAAGCGGGCCCCGAACCUAAUCGUAGAAGACCUGCGCGAUCUCCUCCAUACAGGCUUCUCAUCCCUCGACCAAACACUCAAACGCACCCCCGAUGAGCGCCUCAUCCCACAUCUAGUAGAGAUGUGGCUCUUCACAUUUACCUCCCUCCUGCCAUACAUGCAAGCCGUCUUCCUCCCCCUCGACCUCGAGUUCUCCGGCCACGGGCCCCUCAUGUCCCCCGAGCAAGCGCGUGAUUUCUGGGGCGCAUUACCAUCUACAAACCACUCACCAACCAACAUCCCCGCAUCUCAAGCUCUCGAGGUCCGCAGAAUCGUUUUAACCUCUUACCGCGACACUGUCAUCCUACCUCGUUUCGACACCCUGAAGACGAUAUUCUCGCGGCUGAGUCUCGACUCGAUAAGUUUGUCUAUACCGACAAGUGAUAUCUUGAGCACGAGUCCGGAUUCGUUCUCAACUGGGAGACCAGGCACAGCGAUGAGUCUCGACCCCUCCCACGCAUCCUACGGUUCCCAAACUACAACCCUUCUAGGUGGCUCUUCCGGAGACGGGUCGGGAAAUCGAUCACGAGCAAUCUCGAACGUGAGUCACGGCUCCGACCCCUCUGCUUCUGUCUCUGGGCUGGGGAUUUCGAGUUUGCCUCCUCCACCGAGCAGACCAUUCACCCCGAGUUCUGGAUACGCCAGUGUGUAUCCACUUCCAUAUGGGAGAGAUAGAGGCAGGGAGAAGAACGUUGAGGGUGAAGGGAAGAGGUUGACGGAGACGGUGGGCAGGAUGCUGCAGUGUAUGAGCGUGCUUACUGGUGUUGGUGUGGGUGGUGGUGGCGAUGAGGCGAGCCAGAAGUGUAUGGAGGAGUUGACAAGGGGGUUGAAGUUGAAUUGGCUUGGGCGAGGCAGGAUGGGGAGGGAUCGGAGGGGGUUGGUGGGCGCGAGGGUGCCGUUGGUGCAAGGGGUGGGGGUUAGUGUUGGUGGGUCGUGAGGGAGUUCCUCUUAGGCGUUAAAAUUUGUGAAAGAGAGGCGUGUACUCUAUGGGUUCGAAUUCUGGAGUUAAGGAAGGAAGGAAAGAAGGGCUUUGGAGUAUGGACGUCAUGGAAUGGGAUGUAUAUCUAUGUACGAUUACAAGAUGGAAUACCACAAGCGAGACUGCUUUGUAUAAGAAUGGAAAGGAAAUAUCGGGUCACCUCAUUGCCUUCGUCCGAAGAUGAAGUGAGUGCAUAGAAAAUGAUAUUUUGCCC